UGCAAAUGGUGUUUCCACCAAAGAAACAAUGUGUCAGCAAAACAGCUGAUCUACAAUUUAGCAAGGAUCCCAAUUUUAACUUUAGCUCAAAUAUGCCGGGAGAUGGUGUCUUCAAAGCUACAAACCAAGGGCUUCCUAAAUCUGCCAAGAAAAUGGAACCACUUUCAAAAAAGACAGCUGCAAGAGGACCUCUAAGCAGAUACAAAUUAGAGACAGAGCUGAAGACCAAGAAUCAGCUGUUAGAAACAGCUAAACAACAACUGCACUCCCGACUAGCAGGAGCACAGGGCACUAUAAAAGAGCUAAGGGAGGAGAAUGAAGGCCUGCUACAGGAAGUUGAGAAGCUCAAGAAAUUUCAGGAGACCUGCAUGGUGAUUUUAGAAAGCAGAAACAUUGAUCCAGUUACAGGCAACAAGAUUUUGGAGGAGGAAGAAAAGACAAAGGAAUGUCGGAAGCAGACAAUGCUGUUGACUGAGAAGCUCAUAGGAGAAUUGAGGCUGUUUAAUCAAACAGCAGCAAAAGAAAAGGAGAUGCUUCAGACAGCAAUGGCUAAGUGGAAAUUGGCAGAAGAAGAGAGAUACCAGUCCCUGGAGAAGCAUUCCUUCUUUCAAGCAGAAAUGGAGCAAUGUUCAGCAAUGCUUGAUCAGAUGGAGCUGCUUCUGGCUAUGUGAGGCUCAAGGACUGACUGUACUGCCUUUUUUUUUUUAUAUAUAUGCUUUACUCCUAGUUCAUUGAUUUCUUUACACUGUAAACCUAGCUGUUAUGUCUGGCAGUCUGAAUCAAUGAGCUGGGCAUUGUGGCAUCUGGAUGAACAUUACUGAGCUGUCUCUGGUGGGGUAGCAACUGAUGGAGAUGGGAAAAGUGGUGUAGGAGAGAGCGGUAACGACCUGCUACGGAGGGGAAAGUGCUUGUAGCUCUUGUGGCUCUCUCAGAAGGUGCUGGAGUCCAGGCCGGACUAGGCAUUGUCUCUUCCUGCAUACCUUCCUGGUGAACGGCUUAGUGCUUUAACCCGGUAAUACUUUGUUACUAGU